AGGUGCUGGCCUUCGGGGGCGUGGUCAAGGGCCUGGUCCUGGCACGCAACUCGCCGUGCCUCAAGCAGAAGCCAGAGGUCCCCUCGCUCGACGAGCUGCCCUCCUCCACGAUGCGCAGCACCAGGACGGGCGGCGUCGUCAUGAGCGGCGGCAGCUCCGCGAGCUCGAACCCGUCGCACCAUCGCAACCUCCUCGCCAACGCCCGCAGCACGAGCAAGGCCAGCCUCGCGCUCCCGGCAACGCCCUGGGGCCGCAGCUGGAGUCCGGGCGGGACCACGGGCGAGGUGGCCGAGCUCGACGGCACGGGCUAUGACCGGGGUGAUGUUUGAGGCCGCCAAGUCAAGCGGGUUGAUCUUCGAUUCACCUUGCGCCAGGAUCGAGCACGGGCCGCAUCUCGCCCGCGAGGUCGUGCCGGUCAAGGACGGCGCCGUCCGGCGCCUCGCCAUUCACUGGGCUGGCCAGGAGAGCGACGCAUCUCCUGUGUCCACGCAGCGGGGCGCCAGCCGGUGCGCCACCCCCCACCGGGCGGUCGCGGGCCUCUCGGCGGGGGCCGCGGCGGUGGCGGGCAGAGGGCCGCGCUUUCAGGUCUCGUUCCGGAAGGCGAUGACGUGCUUGCCCAUCCUGAUGGUGCUCGUUGUCUGCAGCUGCAUGUGCUGCAAAAUGGAGUCGACGACCUCGUGGAUACGAGGCCACGCCAUUGAGAUGUGCAAGAGCGCUUACAGCGAGCAGGAGUCGGCGAUCGAAGUGAUCAUCUAUGACACUGUCACCAUGGCCGCUUUCCAUAGGCUCCUGCAGUCCGUCAGCACGGGCGUGACACACUCCAUACAGUUGCCGGCCGAGCACGCCGUUGAUGCUGUCUGGGGGUACAUGCGCAUUGCUCACGCGCUGAACAGCUCCUGGGACGGCGCGAGCGCGGCACAGCGCAGCGAGGUGCGCUACCGCGCCAUGAUGGAGAUCCCUGUCUGCGCGGAGGGCGAGGCGAUCGGGGACGCCAGCGCCGGCCUGGCGCAGGUGGCGAGGCGGCACGUGCUCUCGUCGCGUGGCCCCCGGCUGAAGCAGGGCGCGCCUGCGUCCCUGCUCGGCGGAAUCUUCGUCAGCUUCACGGGGGGGCAGUUCGCGGGCGUCGCCGCGCGCGCCAACCGGUCCUCCGGGUGCCGCGCGAGGGACGACCUCGUCUACUACGACGCGGAGGACGCCAGCGACAGCAUCCUCGCUCGCCCGGGCGAUCUGGCCCGCGCGAGCGGCACCGACGGCACCUCGCCGCAGGGCGUGGGGCUCCCUCAGCAGGUGGCCGUCCAGCAGUGGCUCGCCGCGGCCGGCAGCGCGUCGGCGCCCCCGUGGGGGCCUGCGGAGGGGGGGUGGUCGGAGGCGUACGCCGGCGGGGCGCACAUGAUGGUCUCGUGGACGGUCCCGCUGGCGUAUUGCGGCGACUACGGCUGCAUGAGCGGCGUGGUCGCCGCGGAGGUCGCGGUGCGCAGCGUGUGCUUCGAGGCGCUCACGCAGGGAGGCGGCGGGGUCGGCCAGGACCUGCUGGUCCAGGUCGCGCAGGACGGCCGGGGGAGCAUAUUCCUCGUAGGCCACGUCAGCACGCGCUUCCCAGAGCAGGAGGGGCUGCUUCUCGGCGCCUCGAGGCAGACAGAGCUCGGGGUCAUGGCCGAGAACUCGGAGAAGGGGAACAUUUCCAGCGUGUCCCGAGCGAUACUGCACAGGUACGGAUCCUGGAAUGCCUCGGCCUUGCAGACUGCACUGCAGAUCUUCAAGGUCAAUCUGACAGCGGCCACCGAGGGCCGCUUCAUCGAGUGCGACGCCUUCGAGCAGUCUGAGGACUGUUUCCAGAUCGGCACUCAGUCGAUAGUAAUGGACGGCUCCACCAGUUGGCUGGCGGUGGUCGCACUCCCUGCCUCGCUCUUCAACGCGCCUGUUGUGGGGCAGAGCGAGGAGGCCUUGAGCGAGAUCAUGGCGCUGAACGAGAAGUCGAAGAGCGCGGUAAACCAGGCCAGGGUCGCCAUGGCGUGCGCCUUCACAGCCGUCGCCGCCGUCAGCAUCACGGUCGGCCUCUGGCUCGGCUACUCCAUCUCUGAGCCUCUGCGGACUCUCGGCGCCCUGAUGCAGCUGCUGGGCAACCUGAAGUGCAUGAGGCAGACCGACGCUUUCAAGCCGUUGCGGUCUGGCAGGCGCUCGCGGAUCGAGGACAUCAGCCGAUUGGAGGAGUCGUUCUGCCGCUCUCUGAAAGCCGUCGAGGACUUCGCGCGUUUCGUGCCUGAGUCUGUGGUGCAGAGGAUUGUGGACGAUAAGCCCCGUGCCACAGGCCUGCACGUCGACAAGAAAGAGGUCUCCAUCAUGUUCUGCACCAUCAAGGACUUUGCCCCGAUAGUCGAAUCCUCGCCAGAAUUCGCCACCAAGUGCUACGCGACCAUGACACACGUCGCGGCAAAAUUCCGAGGCACGGUCUCCGAGAUUUUGUCCAACGGCAUCCUGGUCUAUUGGAACACGCCCGACGACGAGAGCAACCACAAGGCGUGUGCCUGCGCUGCAGCCCUGUCGAUCAAGAUGGCGAUCCGAGAGCUCAACGAGCUGGUGAACGGACCGCGCGGCACGCCCCUGGAGGUGCAGAUUGGCCUCCACUCGGGGGAAGUCCUGGCGGGCAACAUCGGCAGCGACAAGUUCAUGAAGUUCGGCUGCCUCGGCGACGCCGUCAACCUGACGAGCCGCAUGACCGGGCUGUGCAACAUUUUCGGCGUGGCCGUCGUGGCGUCCGGCGCAGCAGUGGAAGAGCUCGUGGAGUCUCGCGUCUUCUUCGCCCGCAAGCUGGCGAGCGUGACCGUCGUCGGCAAGCAGCAGCCCACGGACGCCUACGAGCUGCUCGGGCUCGAGCGGCGCGAGCGCACGGAGGGCGCGGCCGCCACGCCGGCCGUCUUCCAGGAGGGAAACGCUAGCGCCCACACCGAGGAGCGAGCCGGAGGGGCACGCGCUGAGGAGGUCGACAAGCGCGAGUAGGAGAGCAGCGCCUGCGGGCCCAUGGGCGCUAGCCGGCGCCAGCACGCUGUGGGCAAAGUCAGGAUCAGGUUGCAUUCCUUGCCGCGCCGCCGUGGGCGCCGCGCCUCCCGCCGCCAUCUUGGAGGCGACAGUGCCCGC